AUGGCUCAAGGAAUGUUUCAUGAAGGAAUAAUUAAAAAACGAUCAAAAUCUUUGAUUAAAGAACAUCAAACUGUAGCAACAUCACAUUCAUCAUUAACAAUAACUAAUGGAUUAUUAACAAAAAUUGAACAACAUCCAACUUCAUUUUCUAAUCCUUUUUAUAAAGCUAUCAAUUUUGUACAACAAAAAUUAUCUUUUAUAAAUAAUGAACAAAAAGAACAAUUUACUACUAUACGAGAAAAAGAGUAA